UUGUGUGCAUUCAAACUAAGACCUCGAACCUCAGCUUCAUCACUACUUUGAAUAUAAUCCAAAUAUGAUUCAUAUUCAAAUAGAUUCAAACCAAAGUUCAUUUUAAGGGGGAGUGCACCUCAUGCAGAGCAAAGAAAAUCUUGUAUUGUAUUUGAGCACAAAGUUCAAGAUAAAACGGUAUUCCUCAGUAGCAGAAUACAAUGGAUAGAUUUCCAGUGCAUUAACAGAGCCUUUGGACAUCCAUGUUGCUUGGAGAAAAAAAGGGCUCAAUUUCCAGCUGAGAGCAGAGUGAACCACCUUUCUACAAAAUGAGGCUGUUAUAUACUCUAACGCUUGUUCUGCUAGCAUUUGUAACCAUCUUUGCUAGUGAGGUCUAUGAGGGUGAUUCCAUCUCCUUGGUGUUUCAGGAGGCUCUUGAAGAGACCAGUGUUUACUCCAUCCUCUUCAAUGAUGUGAUCAUCUUUGAGAAUGGCUCUCCUGUAGAAGGGUCUCUUCCUGCCAAACAGCUAAGCAGAUUGGACAUCCAGGACACACUAUCCAGUGUGCAUGUGAACAUUCAAAGUGCGGAGAAAGAAGAUGCUGGGACAUAUACCCUGCACGUGAAUCCUGCAACUGACUCUUUUGUGGAGGAGAACAUCGACUUAGAAGUCUUCUACAUGCCUUCAGAUCCACAGUGUAACAUUAUCAACGACACCAUCACCUGCAAUGCCACUCAAGGGUACCCAAGUGGAGGCAGGAUUAGCUGUUAUGAAGGGAGUGAGAAGCUACAGAAUAUCCUACUAGGGGAGGGUUCUGAAACCAUUGAAGCAAAAUACAAAUUCUUUCUUGAGGAUACUUCCAUCGGCUGUUGCACAGAAAGCAGCCCUUUUGUCUUUGCACCAGGAAACUGUACUCAGUUUGUAUUGUACGCUCUUCCUCAAGUUGAAACUACUACGACCAUUGUUUCAAUAAAGAACAUAACAAUACCGCAAAACACAACCACAACUGAGGUGCCAUUAGAAACUGGUAUUCCGUACCCUGACAACUGGUUGUCUGAAAACAGGGCAACAUUUGGUGUCAUGUGCUGUAUCCUAUUUGUCCUGCUCUUCUUGUAUCCUUUUGGCAUGAUAUAUCAUUUCAAAAUAUGGAUGCGAGAACCUAAAAAGUAUGUUUCAGAUAGCAAAGAAAAGGGACCCUUCACUGCAUUAUCUUCAGUAUGA